CACUAACCAGAGUUUUUUGGUUUGUUGGACAUAGUGAUGGGGUCGAAGGGAGAGAUGCUCGUGGCAGCUGCAGUUUGUAUCUUUGCUCUCAUUUCACAGAGUGAGGGUAUAAUAGGCGGCCGUGAAGCUGUGGCUCACUCUCGCCCGUACAUGGCGUCGAUCCAGCUCUUCAACGGGGAGCAGAGGACUCACGAGUGCGGGGGCUUCCUGGUGGGGGAGCAGUGGGUCAUGACCGCUGUGCACUGCUUUCCACACGGUACUGAUAACAGAAAAGUGGUGCUGGGACUGCAUUCUCUGACUGAAGCUGAGGACACACAACAAGUCUUUGACAUUCUGGAGCUUCACAAAAAUCCAAACUACAGAGCGGAGAACUUCGACAACGACAUCGCUCUGAUUAAGCUGGAUCGUGUGGUCGUCAACUCCAGUGCGGUCCAAGUGGUGAAAUUCCUGCGCAGUGGUGGCACUAACCCGACCACAGAUGAGCAGGUGGACACGGCAGGGUGGGGGGCCUCUGAUAACCUGGGCUCCAGACCGGACAAGCUGAAAGAGCUGACAGUGGAGGUGGUGAACCCAAUGCUGUGUAGACGUGGUGACCACUUUGGGACCAGAUACACCAGCAACAUGAUCUGUGCCCACCAUGUGUACGACAAACCAGGGAGCAGGCUCAAGAAAAAGGAGGACACCUGUGACGGCGACUCUGGGGGUCCUCUGCUCUACAAUGGUGUUGUGGUGGGAAUUGUGUCCAAUGGAGGGAUAAAGUGUGGUCAGCUCAGAAAACCAGGCAUCUACACCAUUGUGUCCCAUUACACUGAGUGGCUGGACGGCAUCAUGGGCCCACAGCCAACCGCCCCACCACAAUAAGAGUCUCUCUGCUGCAUUUAAGCACAGCUGUCCUGCCAUACAAAUAAACCACACAAAAUAA